AUGCAGUACCAGUUCUUCGCUCUCCUCUUUCCGGCCAUAACCCUUGCUAUCCAAGAUGUGCCAUCCACAUACUCUGAAUCGAAUGCCGAAUCUAGCUAUUAUGCUGAAGUCGAAGCUAUUUUACCUACCUAUCCCAGUUGGUAUGAAUCAGUCAUGGAGACGGCUAUUCCAACUACAUGGGAGAUGAAAUACAUGAGCGACCUCACGUUCGCCGAAAGUGUGGAAGAAGCGGAGCUUUCGGGAACCAUGCCGGCUUGGUGGUCUAGCCUGCCCAGUGAUGUCAAGUACCUGUACACCAGUGAGCAGGCGGUAUUCGAAUCCAAGGCGUCUACUAUUACAUUUCCUAUGCCUGCCACCAUUACCUCUUCCUCCGGCUCAUCUGCCACGUCCACAUCCGAUGUCACUGAGACUCCCACGUCCACUGGCGGUGCUCCUGCUGCUACUGGGGGCUUCAUAAUAGGCAUUGCUGGUGCUGCUGACAAAAGCCAGACUCCAAAGAUCUAA